AUGUCUCCUGCUCAGUGUCAAGACUCGAUCCGAAUCUUUACCCUUGAUCCCGGAAGACACGGUGAUGAGCUCUGCGGUACACUAUAUACGCACCCAAUUAAAGCAACCCCUCAGUAUGAAGCUCUGAGCUAUGUGUGGGGACCUCCGGAUCGAAUCAAAGCCAUCAAGUGCAACGGUCAAGACUUGAACAUCUCAGACGGUCUUGACACACCCUUGAGACGCCUCAGACUUCCCGGAGAGCCACGGCACAUAUGGAUCGAUCAGAUAUGCAUAGACCAAGACUCCAUAACAGAGCGGUCAGAGCAGGUCAGCACCAUGAAGCAUAUCUACUCUAAUGCGGAACUAGUUAAUGCAUGGCUUGACCCUGCAGAUCCAAAUGCAGCAGCAUCUGCAGCUGGAAUCAUUUCAACUCUGGCAAACCCGAAACCUCUACUUUAUGAGAAAGAUGUCUUCCUGAGGACCACGAACUGCUCGAUCUGGGUCUGCCAACACGAGAUUCACCUGCCUGGGACGCCUUGA